AUCAGCAACAUUUUAAAAAGACUAAAAGUAACGAGAAAUAAUGUCAUAUGUAAAAAAAGUAAAGCAAAUAAAUAAUAAUGUUGUAAUUUGCAUAAAUAUGUAACGGAACAAAAUAGUGGAUGGAGAAGCAUAUUUAUUUGUCCUACUUUUACUCCAAUCACAAAUUUUUUUGAAGGUUGAUAAUUUUAGCAUAAGAAAAUGUGUACUUUUACCCUAGUUUGUGAUACAUGAGUAGAACAUCUCCAAACCCUGUUCUUCUAUUCUGAAAAGGCGUUUAGAAGUCUUAGCUCACUUUUCCAGGUCCCUCCCUCGCUCGCCAUGGAACAUAAGAAUUCACCUCCGAUGUCCGUGCCUCAAUUUGGAGGGUGGGACCAAAAUGAAGCAGGAGCUUAUGACUAUUCAGUGGUGUUCACCCAAGCUCGAGCAACCAAAAAACAUCAAAAGACCAAUAUAACUGAGAUUAAAUCUAUAAAUCUUGGGAGUGAGGGAGGCUUUUCCAAUUCCAAUGAUGCUAGACAUCAUCAUCAUCACCAUCAUCAUUUUCAUCAUUUUCGCAGCCAUUUUCAGAGUCAUGGUCAUGGGCAUGAGGAUUCUUCAGUCAUGGGGAAGAGGAAUAUGCUAUCCUGCAUAAAUCGUUGCAUUAAGCCAUGAUGUGCGCUAAGAAGCAUAACGGGCUCUUAAAGCAGAUGAAGUUUAUGAGUAGUAAAGUAUGUAUGUAGAUGGGAUGAGUUCAUAUAUAGUAACGCAUGGUCAACGAUCUAAGUGUACUAUAUAUUGUACAGUGCAAAAGAUAAUAUAAUGUUUUGCUAUAUGUACCUGUUUUACCAUAUAAACCUUAAAGUAAUAAUUUAUGGUCUGUUUUAUUUUGU